UUUGACCUUGUUGCACCACUGACGAGCUGCUGACUGACACUGGAAGAGGGCUGUUUGUCACAACUUUCCUGUUCUGAAGAAGGAACUUUUGGGGGGAGGGGAACUGAAAAAUGACAGGAGCAAAGAGAAAAAAGAAAAGCCUGGUGUGGAGGAAGAUGCAUUCCCUGCACUGUGAAGACAUCAAACAGUGGUGUCGAAGGCGAAUGCCUAUUCUCGAGUGGGCACCACGCUACAGUCUGAAGGAAAAUUUGAUUCCCGAUGCAGUGUCAGGAUUGAUGUUGGCUAUUCAACAGGUGACACAAGGAUUGGCCUUUGCUGUUCUGUCUUCAGUCCACCCAGUUUUCGGUUUGUAUGGAUCUCUAUUUCCUGCCAUUAUUUAUGCCAUUUUCGGAAUGGGACGCCAUGUGGCAACAGGAACAUUUGCUUUAACCUCCUUAAUAUCUGCCAAUGCGGUGGAGCGGCUUGUCCCUCAAAUGAGCCACAACUUCACUCUUCCCAGUAAUUCUGGUGUAUUGGGUUUGUCUGAUUUUGAGAUGCAAAGGAUUGGAGUGGCAGCAGCAGUUUCAUUCCUGGGAGGAGUCAUUCAGGUGGCAAUGUUUAUGCUGCAGUUGGGCCGGGCCACAUUCCUGCUAACGGAGCCGGUGAUCAGCGCCAUGACAACCGGAGCGGCUACCCACGUGGUGACAUCACAAGUCAAGUUCCUCCUGGGAAUGAAAAUGCCCUACAUAUCAGGACCCCUGGGAUUCUUUUAUAUUUAUGCCUAUGUCUUUGAAAACAUCAAGUCGGUGCAAUUAGAAGCCCUUCUCUUGUCCUUGCUGAGCAUUGUGGUACUCGUUCUUGUUAAAGAACUGAAUGAACAGUUUAAAAGGAAAAUUAAAGUUGUUCUUCCCGUCGAUUUAGUUUUGAUUAUUGCUGCAUCAUUUGCUUGCUAUUGUGCCAAUAUGGAAUACACCUAUGGACUAGAAGUUGUUGGCCAUAUUCCUGAAGGAAUCCCUCCUCCCAGGGCUCCUCCCAUGAACAUCCUCUCGGAGGUGAUCACUGAAGCUUUUGGAGUGGCCCUCGUGGGCUACGUGGCCUCACUGGCCCUGGCACAGGGUUCAGCCAAAAAAUUCAAAUACUCAGUGGAUGACAAUCAGGAGUUUUUGGCUCACGGACUCAGCAAUGUGAUUCCUUCCUUUUUCUUCUGCAUACCAAGUGCUGCAGCCAUGGGAAGGACGGCCGGACUUUACAGCACGGGUGCAAAGACACAGGUAGCUUGCCUAAUAUCUUGUGUUUUGAUUCUUAUCAUCAUCUAUGCCAUCGGACCACUGCUUUACUGGCUGCCCAUGUGCGUUCUGGCAAGUAUCAUUGUGGUGGGACUCAAGGGCAUGCUCAUACAGUUCCGGGACUUAAAGAAGUAUUGGAAUGUGGAUAAAAUAGACUGGAGCAUCUGGGUCAGUACAUAUAUCUUUACAAUAUGUUUUGCUGCUAAUGUAGGACUGCUAUUUGGAGUAGGCUGCACUAUAGUUAUAAUGAUCGCCCGCUUCCCAAGAGCAAAGACCUUGAAUUUGAGAAGUAUGAAAGAAAUGGAAUAUAAAGUGAAAACUGAAACUGAUUCUGAAUCUUUGCAGCAGGUGAAAAUAAUCACAGUUAACAAUCCACUCAUUUUCCUGAAUGCCAGUAAAUUUCAUGCUGAUCUAAUUAAAAUAAUCCAGAAAGAUAACACAACCUCCCAGCCACUUGAUGAUAUUAAUAAGUGUGAACAGAACACACUGCUCAAUUUGGUUUCUAAUGGCAGCUGUAAUGGAGAAUCAUCACAAGCACACUCCAGUGAGGGAUGCACUUUAAUAUUAGACUGCAGUGGGUUAGCCUUCUUCGACUACACAGGAGUGUCUAUGCUUACACAGAUUUGCAUGGACUGUAGAAGCAGAAGUGUGGAUGUGCUCCUAGCACACUGCAAAGCCUCGUUGGUAAAAGCAAUGCAGUACAGUGGAAACAUAGAAUCUGACAAACAAGUUUUCUUUGAAUCAGUACCUGCUGCAAUUGGGGCCAUCCAUCUAAACAAAAAUUUAAGCAAACUUAAUGAACAUAGUGAAGUCUGAGACCGGCAUGUUACAAAAGGGCACUCACUUAGCCACUCCACCAGACUAUCUAGUUCAUGGCAUUUUCCAUCGUUUUUGCUGUGUCUUAGAUCAUAUAAGAAACAUUUAUACACCAGGUAUAAUAAACCGAUCUAGUAGCUAGUUAUUGAUCUGGGUUUUCCAAGAGUUUUUUUGUUUGUUUUUGUUAAGCUCUGUCAUUCUUGAGAGAGUUCAUAUGUCGUUGCCCCUUAAUGGUUAUGUAUAGAUUCUGUAUGCAUUUAGAAACAAUGUACAAACAUGACGUUUUGACAAUUUAUUACUGUACUGUAUAAUGGUUUAAUUCUAUUUUACUGUGUUAAUUUGUGACAUACAGAUAUGCUUUUCUCCGAAGGAUUAAACAAAUAAGAUCCUUAAUUACAAGUCACCUCUAAAAAUCUAAGAAACAGUGAGCCAUAUGUAAAGAACAUUUUAUCAAAUGUGCCUUUCUUUUCUAGAAAACAAGCCAUUAAACAUAAGGGAGGUUUGAACAUUAAAUUCACUGUUUUCAUUUACAUGCUUAAAAAUCUCACUGUUACAACUAAAACCACCUCACUUUUUUUUGUUUUAAUUGGCAAUAGGAUCAUGGAGCAAAGAGUUAAUAUCCAUCGAAAGAUACAGUCAUUUUUCUGAUUUCUAGGAAUAUUUUUAUAUUUUUCAGGUCUUACUAUGGCAUGUGUAUACCAGGGCAAUUCCCAAUCUAAGUUAUGGAAUUUGGUAAUAAAUUCAGGUAGAGCUACAGGAAGGUGUUUGUGACAUCUUCCAAUUCGGAUUUAGAAUCUAUUUUUUUUAAAUCUUCUAUCAUUAUAGGAACUACUCAGGACCUUAUAUCUUGAUCUUCUGGGUUCUGAUUGCCAUUCUGCUGCACUAUGUAAGAGUCAGGUUCUCCAGUUCUUGGAAAUGUAGGAAGUUCAUAGUGAUACAUCAUCACAUGCCUUUCAGUUGAUGUAAAUUCUGGAAGAGAUGACACCAUUAUCAAUUGAUCAACUGUGGGCUGUUUCUGGGCAAGGAAAUUUAUAACCUCACAUUGUGUAUGAGGAUUUCAUAAAUCCUUUGGGGGCACUUCCCUUUUCACAAGGGCAGUUGAUGUAAUGGUAAUAUAAUUACACUGACAAAAUAUAAAUCCAUAAAUCAGUAUUUUUUCUCUUAUUAGAAAGGAACUGGGUGUUAUGAGACCUGUAAUUCUCAAUCCUGACAGGCAUCUUGAUAUUGAGGUUUAAUUAUUACAUUUAAUUCUUCAGGUAUAUUUUCACAUAUUCCUUGAUGUAUAUAAAGCUCUGCAUUGAUAUCCAGGACACCAAUUUGUGAAAUUCCUUGUGGGCAGGGAGCUUGUCUACCAACUCUUUUGGAUUGUCCUCUACCGAGUGCUUUCCACAGUGCUCGGCACAUGGUAAGCGCUCAAUAAAUACCACCGGUUGAAGUUGGAGACAUGAAAGAAAAGGGGGUUAACACUUCUAGGUUCUGCCCGGUUCUCCAUUUGUGACCACUGUUGUUGUUGAGAAGAGCAUUUAUCACAUCAUCCCCCUUCUAGACUGUAAGCUCAUUAGGGGCAGGGAAAGUGUCAACCAACUCUGUUGUAUUGUACUUUCCCAAACACUUAGCACACUGCUCUGAACACAGUAAGUGCUCAGUAGAUACCAUUAAUUAAUUGAUCACCAGAAUUGUUGUUCACCAAAACACAAUACAGAACAGGAGAGGUAAUUUUUUCAGUGGUUUUGGUUAAGAGCUUAUUCUAGGCCAAGCAUUGUACUAAGGGCCGAAGUAGAUAUAAGGUAAUCAGGUUGGACACAGUCGAUGGGGCUCACAGUCUUAAACCCCAUUUUACAGAUGAGGUAACUGAGGCAUAGAGAAGUGAAAUGACUUGUGUAAGGUCACACAGCAAGUGACAGAGCCAGGAUCUUUCCACUGGGCCUUGAGAAUAGAUUUGUCACCCCGUGGUUGAGUUCACCAUCCUUACCAACAGUGCUAAUUGAGCCCGUACUUGGGGCCAAACACUGAUCUAAGAGUUUGGUGACCACAUAGAAGAAAUGAAAGGUAAGAUCCCUGCUCUUGAGGAAUUUAAGGUCUCUACCUUUAUUGAUUAUUAGAUCUUUUAGCCUGGUCUACCCAUUAGGGAUUAUACAUCGUAUAGUACCUCACUCUCCCAUCUCCCGGUUGGAGAGAAUCUUGUUGAAAGGAAUUUGGGAAAUACUGAUUGAACUUUUUAAAUUAAGCAGAAGGUUGCAGAACAGUUUUAAGUAUUUUUUAUUCCAUGAGGGGAAAUCUUAGAAGACAAGAUGCUGGUUACUGCAUAUUGAGGUUAAUACUUUAGUGAGAAGCAAAGUGGAAAGAGCUUGGGCUUGGGAAUCAGAGGACCUGGUUUCUAAUUCCAGCUCUGCCACUUUCCUCUAAGUGACCCAGGUCAGGUCACUGAAUUUUUCUGUGUCUCAGUUCCCUCAACUGGAAAAUGGGAUUCAAUACCUGUUCUCCCUCCUACUUAGACUGUGAGCCCCAUGUGGGACCUGAUUAUCCUUUAUCUACCCCCAACUCACAGUACCUGCUUGGUUCAUAGCUUAAAUACCACCGUCAUUAUUAUUAUUAUUAUGAGAAUUCCCAGGCUCAGUUUGUAUGAGUACGGAAAAGGGAAUUUCCUCAUACUGCUUCCCUCCACCCUCAGAUUUUUCUGGAUAGUCAGUGGAAGCUACACAAGCUGAAGAGGCAACUCUUUCAAAUAAUUCAACACUGAGGAUCCAGCAACUUCUUUGUCCUAACAUUAAAGUUUUAGGCCUUUGCUUUUUAGAAACUCAGUUUUUAUUUGGGGUCUGAAUUCAUCUGCUUUCUGCAAUGGGCAAAUAUUCAUUUUGACUUUAAAAAUUGAGAUGACCUUCUCUUUUUCCCCAAUGACAAUAUGUUCACGUUUUAUUUAAAGGGAAAAUGAAAGUGGAAAGAAUUAAAACUGACCUAUAAAAAUGUUAAGAACUAAUAGAGUGACACUUAUAAAUUGGACCUACAAUUUGUAAGAAGGGAAAGACGGUUAACAUUACACUUAGGCAAAUUAAAUAUCCUUAAUUUUCCGCAUCUGUCUUUCAUUUUAAAGGUUAUUUGCCCCCAGUUCUAUGAUUCAAGUGUUGUAAGUCUGGCAUGAGCUACUUCAAAGUAAUUUAUUUGACAGAGCUCUCUCUAUAAAUAUGUAAUGUAAUGAGGAAAAGUAGCUUCCUUGUUUAAUGAAAACAUUAAUGUGUCAAUAGCCUGUAUGGAUAUUGUCUGACAUUUACUGGUUCCCAAAAUAAAUGAAUGAGUUGGUGAACAUAUGAAUGCCUUAGAAAUGUGCAUUCUGUGUUUUGCGGGAUGCCAUUCUCACUCCAUACAGAACAGGAUUUCUUGGCAGUGAGAGCCAUGCCAGCUUUCAAAUAGAGAGUAAAAUGGUGCUUGCACAAUCCAAAGGAUUUUUAGUUACGAUCAUAUAGCCUAAUAAUCUGCACAUUGUAAAACAUCAAUGCAUUUAAUUGCUUUUUUUUGUAAUUCUUUGUACUAACACAGUGUGUAACAACCAAUUUAUAUGGAAAUAAAUUGAAAUGUGAAAUUAGUCGCGUGCUUAAAAA